AAAACAUUUUUUUUUUUUUUUUUUUACUUUUUUUACAAACUUUAAUUAAUCACUUGAAUAUACAUCUAUAAAUUAUGGAUUCCCGCGAUAUAAAUUUACCUAAAUACAUGGUGUAUUGCGGUGUUAUUGCCAGUAUUGGUGCAUUCUCCAAUGGUUGGACCAUUGGUUCACCCAAUGUUCCCGGUGAAGUCACACACAACUGUCCUUCAGGCGAUUCGCAUGUCAACAACCCUGCUUUCCCUGAUUGUUUACCAAUGGACACCUCCUUAUGGGGUUUUGCUGUUGCUUCUUUCUGUGUGGGUGGUUUGAUCGGUAGUGCCAUUGGUGGUGCUAUUCAAACCAGACUCGGUCGUAAAUUGACAAUUAUUGUUAAUAAUGCUGGUUUCGUCAUUGGUGCUGUCUUAAUUGGUUGUUCUGUUCACAGUGCCAUGUUUAUUAUCGGUCGUAUCUUUUGUGGUUUAUCCUGUGGUCUUGGUUCGCUUGUGAUUCCUACUUAUCUUGGUGAGAUCUCUACUCGAAAGGCAAGAGGUUUGCUCGGUUUCUUCAACCAGUUCUUUGUUGUUACUGGUAUUCUUUUAUCUUCUGUCAUUGGUUUACCUCUUGCUAAAGUCCCACUCUGGCGUCUUGCUUAUGCUAUUGUUGCUAUCCCUGCUGUCUUCCAAAUUUUUGCCAUGGGUACCUGUGUGGAAUCUCCUCGUUGGUUAGUAUCUGUAGGUCGUAUUGAAGAUGCGCUCAUCAGUCUUCAAAAGUUGCGUGGUACUGCUGAUGUCACUGAGGAAUUCUUUGAUAUUGUCUCUGGCCAGCUCGGUAAGAAGAAGGCUGCUCGUAUCUUGAAGGCUAAUUCACAUGAAAAGAACGUGAAGCCUGUGGAUGAAGGUUUUGAUAACAAUGAUGCUGAAUUCGAUAGCACUCAUUACGGUAAGGCUGCUCAUGGUGGUAGUGGUUCUGAUGAUUUAGAAGCUGGAGCAGAAGAUGAUGAUGAACAACGUCCUCCUAUGAGUAUUGUUCAAAUCUUUAGAGACCCCGCUAUUCGAAAGAUUACCUUGAUUGUGUUAUUCCAUCAUAUGAUUCAACAACUCUCUGGUAUGAAUGCCGUCAUGUAUUACUCUACUACUAUUUUCGAACAAGCUGUGAGCCAUGAAGAAGCACAAUACAUGGCUAUUUAUACCACCGUGGUGAAUUUCGGUAUGUCGAUUGUUGCCAUGUUGUUUAUUGAUCGAGUGGGAAGACGAUUCUUGUUGAUUGCAUCUGAACUUGGUACAACUAUUUUCUCUAUUUUGCUUGUGAUUGGUUACCUCUACAAUAUCCCCAAUCUCUUGAUUGCUUCCGUCUUUAUCUAUGUUGCUAGUUUUGCUAUUGGUAUUGGACCUGUGCCUUGGAUGAUUACCUCCGAGAUGAGUCCUAUUGAAGCCUCUAGUAGUGUGGGAGCAGUGGCUACAGCCAUGAACUGGGCCAUGAACUUUUUGAUCGGACAAGUAUUCCCCAUCAUCUUUGCAGCCAUUCAAGGAUGGUCUUUCCUUAUUUUUGCCGUCAUUUGCUUCACUUCUGCCUGUGUUACCUUUUUCUUUUUACCUGAAACCAAGGGUAGAGCUAUUGAAGAUAUUGUCGCUGGUUUUACUAAAAAGUAAAUUUCGACACCCAUCAUAUCCCCUUUUAAUUAUCUAUCAUUAAAAAAAACAUCCCUCUCUUUGUAAAUAUUAAUAAAUCUAUUUUUUUUAUCAUCGU